UUAGCAUAUACUGUAUGGUUGUUAGCCUAAAUGUCGCAGUACCACAUCAGCAUACAGGAGGGGAGCCAGCAGCCGCCGGUGGAGAAAUGUUCGCAGUGCUGCGUGUCUUAUCACUGCCCGCUCUGCAGCCCGCACGUCUACAAGCCCGCACACAGAUACAAAGUCUUCAGACAUCUGAAGUGUCACCUCUCAAGAGCCAUUCAUUUUAGAGGCUACAGCAUCUACAAGUGCAACCUGGGCUGCCGGCCACAAGCUCACUUCCAUUGUUUCUGUAAAAAACUUCUUUUGAAUCGUAAUCAGUUCACUCAUCAUCUGAAUACAAAACAUCAGUCCCUUCCUAAAUUGAAUCAGUCUGUCUGUCCUGGUGUUAAAGAUGAUGACAGCGAUGAUGAUGAUGAUGAUGCAGAACAGACUUUACCUCUGUCUCCAUCUCCAUCACCAGGAGAGCCACUAAAUGCUAAUCCAAGUCCGCUGAGGUCCUCUGGAGCGGACUAUGCAACAACAUGGUGCUCAGACACCGUUUCAAACGUAGUGAACGAGGGACCAACUUUAAAUGAUGAACCAGCCUCUGAACCCUCAGAUGAUACGGCAAUAAAGCCAUGUCAAGAAGAAACUGUGGAAAAGAAACUUGCAACAUGCCCACAAUGCAACGUGGAAAUGAACAAAAGCUGCGUUAACAUGCACAUAAAAAUGAAACACUCCAGCAGGAAUGCGGAUGUUACUGCAAAUUCACCCCUCAGAGAAUCACCGCCUGCUGUUGGCGGAUCAGAGAUUCAUCUCAGUCCCACUCCGGUGGAGCUGGAGAUCUUGACCCAGCUCAGAGUCCUCCAUCAGCAGCAGAGCCAAAUCCUACAGCUGCUGCAGAAGCUCACCAACACAAACGGCAAUCCUGACUGCUCUGCGGCUGAUCUGAGGGCCAUGUUCCCCAUCACAGAGGAGGAAGGACUCACUGACUUGGAGCAGAAACUCAGUGAAAACCCAGACUUGAAUAACAGGCUUGUAAGAAGAUAA